AGUUGCUCGUAGGCUCCUCCGUGGUUCUGCGAACCUACCCUAGCGUCACUCUCUUGUACAUAUUGUACUACGUCUAUUCAAUAGACAGCCAGUUUCUUCCUGAAGUCCAAGUAGCGAGUGGUAGCCUACCGGUUACAGUCUAGAGUACCAAGAUAAGAUGGAGUCAGUGUACCCAAACCAGGUGAUCACGCUGUUCGAUGGAGCGUUGAAAGUUCUCCCGAAGUCACAUCCUGAGAGAGGUUUCGCCUUCGAAGCAAUGUUCAUACUGGACCACCCGUCUUUUGCAAAGUUCAGAUCGGCCAAGCCACCUCUCCACAUGCACCACCAGGCGGAGUACAUCCAAGUCCUUGAGGGGGCACUGGUCGUGGAGGUUGAGGGUAAGGAACACGUGCUGCGGCCCGGGGAUGGCGAAUUAGCUGUCGCCCCGUGGGCGAUACAUCGCCUCUACACACUGCCCGCACCGGCACCCGGAGAACCAGUGUCAGAAGACUUCAAUAUCGUGCGAUUCGUGGCGUCCGCUGAGAGAACCUUGGAGGUUUUCCAGAUGGACCUCGUGUUCUUCGAGAACUGGUAUAAGUACCAGGAUGAAGUAAUACGCAACAAGAAACAGAUUGAUAUCAUCCAGGCUAUGUGUACCUUUGACGCGGGGGGUUCUUAUAUGACUCUCCCAUGGUGGGUGCCUUUCAGAAAGGCCUCUUCGCAGAUUUUGGGCAUUAUCGUCGGGAGAUGGAUAGCAGGCAUGCUUGGAUACCAACCCUUUUAUCGGAAGUGGUCAACGGACUGGGCACUGGCCGAUGCUAAAAUGAGAUCAUCUGUGUUCUAUCGACGGUUCGCAGACAGCAAGAAGGCUGCAUGAUUCCAUCAGCUUCUUUCUAGCUGUCACAAGUAACAGGUGUCGGGAACGGAGUUCGACGGUGAGGGCCGAAUUGGAAAUGCACGAUGAUAUGUUUCACUACGCGUAAUUAUCAAUUGAUUAUUGUACCUAGAAAAGCAGGGAAAAGCUCGAUAAAGACGCUGUAGUGAGCUCACAGAUUCAUACAAGGAAUCGUAUCGAGACGUGUGUGGUUUCGCUUCUAUUCCGUAUACGUCCGAGGACAUACAUGGUGCCUUCAUACGGUGUAUCGAGACGUGUACCGGUGGCUUUUUUGAUCGGUUGAACAGGAGAAAGGCAAAGUUCAAGACCCAGAAGAAUCAAUGCUUGUAAGCUAUUGUGGAGAACCAAAGCGUGUAUCUCCUAAG